AUGGCUGAAAUCAUUGCUUAUGACAUCCUCAAAAUGGUUAUCCAGAAGCUGGCCACUGAAGCUAAGAACAAAUAUGUUCGGUGUCAGCAAAUUCAUUCUGAUCUCAAAAACUUGGAGAGGUCGUUGACCCAGAUCACAAAUGUGCUCAAUGACGCUUUUGAAAAAGAAAUAACUAGUCAAGCAGUUAAACAGUGGCUGAAUGCUCUCCAGCAUCUGGCUUAUGAUAUAGACGAUAUACUUGACGGUCUGGCAACAGAAACCAUGCACUAUGAAUUCACCCGGCAACAAUCUGCAGCAAGCAUCACCAGCAAGGUAAGAAAGCUCAUCAUCCCGACUUGUUGCACAAAUUUAUCACUUAGUAAUAGGAUGCAUCAGAAGUUGGAUAAUAUUACCAAUAGGUUGCAAGAUCUUGAAAAAGAACAAAAUAGGCUUGGUUUGAUUGUGAAAGAUGGAAGAUCAACAAAUAUAAAUAGAAAGUCCCAGACCUCUUUGGUAGAUGCAUCUAGUAUUGUUGGACGACAAAGGGAGAAAGACGAAUUAGUCCAUAGAUUAUUAUUGGGGGGUGAUGAACAAUGUGAACAUAACAACUUUAGCGUUGUUCCCAUAGUUGGCAUGGGCGGAGUGGGUAAAACUACCCUGGCUAGACUUUUGUAUGACGAAAAGCAGGUUAAUGACUGUUUCCAACUCAAGGCAUGGGUUUGUGUUUCAGACGAUUUUGAUAGCUUCACCAUAAGUAAAGUUAUCUUUCAAUCUUUAACGGGUGAAAACAAAGAUUUUGCAGAUUUAAAUCUCCUUCAAGUAGCUCUUAGAGAACAACUAAGUGAUAAAAGAUUUCUGCUAGUUUUGGACGAUGUAUGGAGCGAAAGUUGUGAAGAUUGGGAAACCCUUGUAAGUCCGUUUCAUGCAUGUGCUCAAGGAAGUAAAAUCAUAAUGACAACACGAAAGGAGAAACUGCUCAAAAAGUUGGGUUACAAUCAUUUAAACCAGCUGCAGAGUCUGGCACAUGAUUAUGCUAUGACAUUAUUCGCUCAGCAUGCAUUGGGUGUAAAUAACUUUGAUUCACAUCCGACGCUCAGGCCACAUGGUGAAGGCAUUGUGAAAAAAUGUAAUGGCUUGCCUUUGGCUUUAAAAGCACUUGGUAGACUAUUGAGGACAAAACUAGAUGAAGAAGAAUACUGGAACGAAGUUUUAAAUAGUGAGAUUUGGAGGCUAGAAGACGGGGGUGGAAUAGUUCCGGCUCUUAGAGUAAGCUACCAUGAUCUUUCUGCACCUUUAAAACGGUUGUUUGCAUAUUGCUCCUCUUUCCCCAAAGACUACAUGUUUGACAGGGAGGAGUUGGUUUUGUUGUGGAUGGCCGAAGGGCUAUUACGCCAAUCACCUCCUACCAAUUUGACAGAAGAACGCUUGGGUCAUGAAUAUUUUGAAGAUUUGUUGUCAAGAUCAUUUUUUCAACAUGCACCUAAUGAGUCAUUUUUUGUAAUGCAUGACUUGAUGAAUGACUUGGCCACAUCUGUUGCUGGAGAGUUCUUUUUAAAGUUGGACAAUGAUACAGAGAAGGAUAUCAGGAAAGAAGUUUCGGGAAAGUACCAUCAUCUAUCAUUCGUUCGUGAACGAUUUGUAACUUACAAGAAGUUCGAGGAAAUCAGCAAAGCUAAAAGUUUAAGAACAUUCAUGGCAACAUCUGCCGGGUUAGUAGAAAGUUGGCAACGUUUCUACUUAUCGAAUAGGAUUCUCGUUGACUUAGUUCCUCGGUUAUUAUUGUUAAGGGUUCUAUGCUUGAGUAACUUUGAGAUAAGUGAGGUGCCUCAAUCGAUAGGUAGUCUAAGACACUUGCGGUAUCUUAAUCUAUCUCAAACUAAAAUCACCCAUCUACCAGAAAGCGUCAGCAAUCUCUACAACUUACAUGUAUUGAUUGUUUUUGGCUGUUCUGUUCUGGCUAAGUUGCCCAAAAGCUUCUCAAAACUGAAAAAUCUACGACAUUUUGACAUUCGGAAUACUCCCUGUUUGAAUAAGUUACCGUCGGGGAUUGGUGACUUGACUAACUUACAAACUCUCUCCAAGAUUAUUAUUGAAGGUGAAAAUGGAUUUGAAAUAACAGAGCUUAAUGGUUUAAAAAAUCUAUGUGGGAAAAUCUCUAUCCACGGGUUGGAUAAAGUGCAAAGUUCAAUUCAUGCACGAGAAGCGAACUUUUCGAUAAAGAGGCUUAGUGAGUUAGAUUUGGAAUGGAGUGAUGUGUUUGAUGUUUCUAGAAAGGAAAUGGUUGAGAAAGAGGUCUUAAAUGAGCUGAAGCCUCGUAAUGAAAGCUUGAAACAACUCAAAGUGGUGUCUUAUGGGGGAACAGAGCUUCCAAAUUGGGUUGGGGAUCCGUCGUUUCUUCGGUUGAAACAUGUGUCAAUACAUGGCUGUAAAAGAUGUUUAUCUCUACCAUCAUUGGGGCAGUUACCGUCACUUAAAACUUUGUCUAUUAAAGACCUGCAUGAAGUGAAAGUUGUGGGUUUGGAGUUACUUGGGACUAGUGGUACGUCUGGUACAUUUCCUUCACUUGAAAUUCUAAAGUUUAAAGAUAUGUCGGGGUGGGAGGUGUGGUCAGCCAAUAGUGGGAUUGUGUUUCCAUGCCUUAAGGAGCUUCAUAUAAGCUCUUGUCCUAAAUUGGCUGAAGUCUCACUGGAAUUACUACCUUCAUUGAGGGUAUUAAAAGUAAGUGGAUGUGGCGAUGGCGUGCUGAAAAGUCUGGUUCAAAUAGCUUCAACAGUCUCCAAGUUGAAAAUAAAGAGGAUUUCAGGGCUUACAGAUGAUGUGUGGAGAGGUGUUAAAAAAUAUGUUGGUGCAGUUGAAGAAUUAAGGAUUAGUUGGUGCGAGGAGAUAAAAUACCUGUGGGAAUCAGCAGCAAAGGCAAGUAAGGUUCUUGUGAAACUAAGGAACUUGGAAGUAGCAGAUUGUGAUAAUUUGGUGAGUUUAGGAAAAAAAGAAGAGGGUGAUUGUGGGAGCAUUCUGCACAUAACAUCUCUUAGGAUAUUGAACUGUAAGAAUAUGGAGCGUUGCAAUGUUCCAAAUAGUCUUGAGACGUUGAAUCUCUUUCAUUGUGAUUCAAUUACAGAAAUCUCCUUCCCAUCAGGAGGAGGGCAGAAGCUCAAGUCAGUUUGUAUUGGGGGAUGCAAGAAGGUAAUGAAAAAGGAGCUCGGAGGAUAUGGAGGAGGAAGAGACAAGAGUAUGAUGCUUUUAAACAACGUUUCCAUGCCAAUUCUUGAAGAUUUACGGAUUCAUAAUAUGCCACUUCUGAAAUUCAUCAUUGAAUUAAAUUGCUUCAUUCGCCUCACUACGUUGGUAAUAUAUGAUUGUUCAAGUCUUGAGUCGUUUCCUGAUCACCAGUUGUUGGGUCUGGUCUCCUUAAAAAGUAUGUAUAUUACAGAUUGUCUGAGAUUGGAUGCCUCCUUUCCUCGUGGGCUUUGGCCUCCCAAGUUGUGUCAACUUACAAUUGGGCGGUUGAAGAAGUCCAUCUUGGAAUGGGGCCCACAGAAUUUUCCUCUCUCACUUGUAGACCUAAGCUUAUUCGGGGGAUCGUCAUCAGAUGAUCAAGAGGAUGUGAUUGAUUUUAGUCAAUUGUCCCAUCUCUUCCCUUCGUCUCUUGCUCACUUGGAAAUAUCUGAUUUUGAGAAACUGGAAACAGUUUCAAGGGGACUCCAACACCUCACCUCCCUCCAACGUCUCUCCUUUUAUACAUGCCCAAAUAUAAAAGAUUUACCAGAAAUGUUGUUUCCUUCGCUUUUGAGUUUACGCAUCUGUGACUGCCCAUAUCUGAAAGAAAGAUGCAGCAGAAAUGGCUCCUACUGGCCCCUCAUUUCCCAUAUCCCUUCCAUUGGCAUACUCCCUAAAUAGCCUCUAUGUGUGUGUGUGCGUGUGCUCAAAUUGAAACCAUUGUCUUUCUCUAAAAUUUAAAGUCAAUUCGGCUCAAACUCUAAAUGAUUUCCAUUCAAUUCAACACGCGGUUUUAGCAGGUGGUAUAAUAUAAUGGCAUCCUCUAUUUCUUCUCUUUCUAGGUUUUUUUGUUUUUAGUCGUAACAACUGGGUGUUUGUAAGCACUUUCAAAGCUAGAUUGUGUACAAGUUAUGAGACAUUGGGGAAACUUUUCAAAUACUUGCUUCAUUUGUAGAUUUGAAUGAACAUGAUGGAGAAAGAGAGCCUGUGGUUUUCAGCAACAGACAAACACCUCCUGCAGCAUAGUCAAUGACUUACAGAUACAAUGUUUUUGCACCAUUAAUUCUCACAGAAGCAACAUGUAACAUAACAUCUGCCAUAUAAGAACUCGGUUUUGAGAAAGUGGAAUCAGUUUCAAGGGACUCCCACACCUCACAUCCCUACAAGAUUUCCAAAUUUACAACAGUCCAAAGAUGAAAGAUCUGCCAGAAAUGUUGUUUUCUUCACUUUUACGUCUUCUCAUCUAUGGCUAAUGGCUGUCAUUUGGAAGAAAGAUGCAGUAUGAGUGGCUAUGAUCCUACACACUAGUAAAUUUGACAACACCUCGUUAUUUUUACACUCUUGCCAGAUGUGUGGACAUUUGUAAUGUUCUUUGAAGUUUUCACCAUUUUUACAGAAGCAACAUAUAACAUCCGGCAUUAAGAACUCAAUUCAUAUUCAAAUGUAACAUCUUUUGUUAGAUUACUACUGUACGUCUGUAUGUAUUAUGAAUUGGUUAUUUAGA